AUGGCCAUCACACCGUACCACGACGACGUCGUUCAGUACGGCGAUGUCCAGGCCGAGGCCGGGCCCAGCACGCCCAGCUACGACCCCGAGGCGCUGGCGCUGGCACCGCACCACCUCCUCACCGCCUUUCCCGGCCUCAACGUGUGCGCGCCCAUGGUCCGCUACUCUAAACUCCCCUUUCGCGCACUCGUAUCCCGCUACGACUCCCACAUCAACUUCACCCCCAUGAUCCUCGCAAAGGAGUUUAGCAGGAGCCAGGGCGCGCGCGACGCCGAAAUGUCGACAAACCAGUGGGAAAGAGGCACCUACGACCUCACCCCGGGUGUCGCAGAGGCGAGCGCCAGCGCACAGCGCCUGCUCGAGCACAAGGGCAAGAGCAGAGAGGCUGAUGGCGACGGCAUGACGAGCGGCGAGCAGCGCAGAGAGGCUGCGGCCGACGAGGCGAAGGCGCGCAGCAAGAGGAUCCGCGUCAGGGGCGCAGUGGUGACGCAGUUCGCCUCGAGCACGCCCAAACCCCUCGCCGACGCCUGCGAGCUCGUGGCCAACACCGUCGAUGGCGUCGACCUCAACUGCGGAUGCCCGCAGAAGUGGGCUUACGAUGAGGAGCUUGGCUGCUAUCUGCUGCGGAAGCCCGAGAUUGUACGAGACAUGGUCAGAGCUGUCAAGGCGAGGCUCGGCGAAGACUUUUGCGUCAGCGUCAAGAUCCGUGUCGAUGAGGACUUGCAGCUGACAGACCAGCUGGUGCGGACAGCGCUCCACGCCGGCGCCUCGAUCCUGACGAUCCACGGACGCACGCGGCACCAGGCCUCGACGCAUCCAGUCAAUCUGGACGCGAUCAAGUUCGCCGUCGACGCUGCCAACUCGUGCGGCUUCCGCACCUCGCGGGGUUCCAAGGGCGGCGCCGCAGCUCAGUUCGCCGAUGGCGGAAGCGGAGGCCUGGUGCCGUGCGUGGCCAACGGCGACGUCUGGACGCUCGACGAGGCGAUCGAAUGGAGGCGCCGGACCGGUGCGAGCGGAGCCAUGAGCGCGCGUGGCCUCCUCGCCAAUCCGGCGCUAUUCGCUGGCUACGACAAGACGCCCGCCGAGGCAGUGUCGCUGUUCACGACGCUAGCCACCAACUGGAGCCUGCACACGGCCCUGACGCACCGGCACCUGGCCUACAUGCUCGAGUCGAGCUUCGAGAACCGCUCCGAGGCGAUCCACUUCAACAGCCUCAACAGCGUGCCCGCCAUCCACGACUGGCUGGGCGAAAACGGGUACCUGGGCGGAUCCCUGGGGCGGACGCACUUUGACCCGCUGGCCGACUUUUUCGGCUACCGCCAGCCGUCCAAAAUUGCCGACCCGCUGCGCAUCGACGAGAUGCUGCGAGGGUUCGGCGUCGUCGCUGUCUAG